AGACCAACAAAACAAAUUAAUUAUUUUAUUAGCCUAGACUUUUGAGGUUUAAUUACUUAAGAGUAUACAAAUAAAAAUAUAUAUAAUACUUUACCAUUCUAGUAUAUGUAAAUUAUGUAUAAACUAAGAACUAUUUGAUUUAUUAAAUGAUAAACCACAAAACUUAUAAUAAAUAGUUCAAAUCUCUCAUUCUUACAAUUAUAAUAGUUAGACAGGAUAUUAGGGAGAAACAAUAUUAGACGAAUGAUCAAAUCUCUCAUUCUUCGAAUAAACUCAAAAGGAGGUGAUUGAGACUUGUCAUGAUAUUUCAUUAAAAACUUUUUAGGAAUAAAAAUCAAGACUAAAUUAUUUAACCUGAAUCAAAUCUUAAAUAAAGUUGACAAUGCUCUCUUCUCCUGCGUCCACGUCAUCAGGUAGAAGGGGGCAUUUUACACCACCUAUCAUCUCAGUUUUUAAUCAUUUCGUGUUUGUGUUGAAUGGGCCAGGUAUAGGUAUUGUACCUAAAAAAUUAAUUGGGCUCUGAUACUGCUUUUCCUACAGGCCCAGAUAAUAGCUUUUCUCUUUUGUUGCGGCCGCGGACGCUCACGGUCCAACUUCUCCUCUUCAUUGAUGAUUCUGAGAAAUGUCUGCAAUUUUGACAUUCAAUCAACUACGACCACUUCUCGAGCUUCAAUCCUCUUCAAUUCAUCGAUAUAAUCUUUUUAGACUCUCUCUCUUUCUGCCGUUCGGUCUCCUCUGGGAGAUGUCAAGUCUGUACGCUUUGUGGAUUUUUUCCUUUAAUCUUCGCUUGAGAUUUACUGGUAAAUUUUCUCAUCUGGAUCAUUUGGUUUAAAUGAAUGAUGAAAGAAAGAAAUUUUAGAAUUAUACCUUAUGGGUAUAGAAAAUAAUCUGUCAUUUUGAACUCUCUUUGUGUAUAUUUCUCAGCUCAGAAAAGUCAAAUUUUUUUGACUGAUAAACAAAUGCAGUGUAUAUAGACCUACAAGUUUAACUUUUGGGCACUCAUACUCCAUGGGAAGAUUUAUUCCCGACAGACAUCUCCCUUGAAAAGAGCCUCCGUCAAUAGAGCCUCCAUGAUAUUCUCGCCGACGAUCAUUAGAUCCCUCGCAGCCUCCCUGUUGCGUAAGAUCUCUAUCUAUCAGUUCAUUAUAUUCUCAAUACUCUUACCAUUUUCUCAUGAUCUGAUUUUGUUGUUUGACAGUAGAAAUUUUGUAUAUUUAAGUUGUUCGAUAGAUUGUCGCUAAUAGCUUCCUCACUAGAACAAUUGCAAAUUUGGACCUCACUGAAACUCUUCAUCUUAAAAAAAAAAACACCGCAAACAUGAAGUCCAACAUCUAAUUGUGCAACGACCAUCAGAUUCAACCAUUGAAGAAUCAGUUUGAUUUACUACAAGAAACAAUCUUUAGGUGACCCGAUCUCUUACCUUCUACCAUGGUUGCCAUCAUGUUUGCUUCUAUCGAAAUUACUUCUUUCCCUACACUAAUAGCCUUACCAACAUCAGUUUCCUUUUGACCAAUAUAUCGAGGUAUUUGCUUAAUGAUCUAGACCAGGUUUUGGACAAAAAUAAAAUUUCCCGUUGUUCACUUUGUCUCAGGUGAUUUGGCAAGGAAGAGCCUAAGAGAUUGAUUCAUUCCUUUUAGCUCCAGGUUUCUCCUAGAUACGUCACGUUAUACUUUACCGGAUCUUUUGCUUCGAUGUAGCAAUAGUAGUUGGUGGCCUUCCCAGGGUAGAUAUCUUUUAUUAUACUACUUUUUCAAAAGAAACAAAAUGUGUCCUUUGUUAAUGUUGAGAUAUUACUGGUCUCAGAUUUGGGUGCCUCUGAUUGUUUUUCUUAUUAAUAGAGACGUGGUGUGGAGAAAUAGGGUCUUGAAGAAAACAACACGGGCUAAAGCAUAUAAACAAGGGGUUAUUGUAUAUUUCUUUAAUUCUUUGACUGUAUUUUUUACUGAACAAUAUUGGAUUCAAAAGGUCUGACUUUUCUAAAAAAAUGUAUCUUUCCGUACAGGAACAUGUGUGUUUGUACGUGCUGAGCAUACUAUUGACUCUUCACUUGCUAGGGUAAUCUGUAUAAACACAGACAAUCUACUUCUAUCACAACCUAAUUGGUGCGAACAAGCCCUUAGUCAUGUGGAAUGGAUACUUUAAUCCGAAUUGGUUCGGUUGAUGUUAUUGUUGCUGAUAGUGUAAUUAAGGUGAUUCAUAUGAGAUUAAUAAUGGAUCGAUGAGUUUGGUCGGAGCCAUUUAUCUCCUCACGGUUUAUGUUAUUUUUUUCAACAAGGACCCCUUGAGGAUGAGAUGGGCGAUGCUCAUAUGAUUAUCCAAGCCGGUAAAGUUUUAUCGACACCCUAAAUAUUCGAUCCUUUUUAUUUUCAAAUGCUUAGAGUAUUUUGACUUCAUGUAUCCAAAGACUCAUCCAUGACUGAUCAUUAGUUAAAAUGUAUGUUUUUCUUUGACAUAAAAGCUACUUGUCUUGAACUUCAAAAGGAUGGUAGUAUUGAAAAGAAAAGGCUCGCCAAGGUAAUAAAGAAAACAGUAAAAACUCGAGGAAGAGACGUCACUAACCAAUCGCAGAGUCAGUACAUUACCUAUAAGUUCAUGUCAUUGUUGUUGAUUUUUUGGGUAGUUAGGUUCAUGAAAUAACAAUACACUUCUCUAUACAGCAGAUACCAGAUCAUGAAAGAGUGUUUUGUGGAGAAGAUAGCAAGAGUCAUCGUAGAAUUUUUAAUCAGCGGAUGAUAACACAUCUUGGUAUGGUUUAAAAGAAGCUAAAUGAGAAACUAUCUAUACCGAAGGUAAGCAUCUAGAGUACUUUCACUUGCAAUCAUCAAAUCUAAAGCAUAUCUUUGUUUCGUCUGUCUUUUAGUUGGAUGAAUGCACCAAUCUGACCAACUUUGAUUCUCCACCUUACUAUCUCUUGAUCUUUAACUUUUCUUUUAAGGUUAAAUCUCUCCUUCCACACUAAUGCAGCUGAAAGCAAGUAUGAAUCUCUAUUUACAUUAGUUGAAGUUGUUGGGUAGUUAGGAAAGGAGAGAUUUAUUUUCUUGGAAAUUAUUGUGAUAUUAUGACAUUGUUAAUUUAUUUUGCAGAAUUUGUCACAACUGGCUUUGUUCAGUUACGAUGGGUUAUUGCAAAAGGACUUAGCGAGGGGGAGGAGGAGGCUCACCUUUUACUUGCCAUGGAACAGGGAGAUUUGCUGCAACUGUAAAAGCUGGAUUUAAUUCACCGGUGACCUGUUCGGCUGGUUUGCAUAUGCUUUGACCUUUUUAGCUGCUGCUGCUGCAACUACUCUGCUUUUUUCAAUCCCAGUUUUGUUACCUUAAAAUUUUAGGAUAACCAUUUAUGUAGUUUUGUCGUGAAAUCAUUUGGAAUGGUUUCAAACAUAAAUUUCAAAACUCAACGUGUAACACCAAAAAAAACAUACAUGCACACACCUCACGUCAAUUAGAUUCGUAUAUUAUUAUAUUGGUGUGUAUUUGAGGUUAAUGAAAAGAAUGACAGUUUAUGUCACACUCAAUGAGAUAAGCAUCUAUAUAGAAAAAAUUCAUAAUGAUGAGUUAAUUUAUGAGUAAAAAUCUGCUAAAACGAAUUGGAUAUAGAAUGCAAUUUAUGUAUUUUAACUUAAGAAGUAUGUCCAAAAGAGGCCUGAUAAAUUAUAACUUAUGACACAAACUUUAUCGGAUACCUAGCUGAGUCUAUGUCAGGGCUGUUAAACAGUCUCGCUUCUGCUUCCACUUCCCAUUCCUUCUCGCCGACGACGUCACGAACUUAGAGUAAUGAUAUUCAAUCAACUUAUCCCACUAAUUCCGCUAUGUCGCCUUCAAUGCAUCUUACUUGAUUCAGUAUAUAUACAUGGUCUGCGAUCACUAGCCUAAUCCUUCUCAUCCUCCCAAUUUUUAAUUGUUGUUCUCUCUGCAAGGUUCUUCACUCCAAGGUAACAUAAUUUCAGUUUGAUUUCUCUCCACUAAUGAUUUUGAAGUCAUAAUUUCUUAACAUAUACAAUGAUGUAUCUGCAGCUGUGAGAUUUCCUUAUGAACGGUGGUCGCAAAUUUGAUUCCGUACAGUAAGUUUUCAUAGCUUCCAUGAGUUUAAACGUAUAGUAUGUGAUGAUGGUCGAACCUGUAGUCAUAACUUAUGAGAAAGUACGGUUUUAAUCAGCUUUUUUGGUAAUUUUAUUAUUUUCCCAACAAUUUUUUGGGAUUCGAUCAGGAAUCGAACCUGUAGUCAUAUAUUAAUUUUGUUACUUUCCAAAGCACAUAUGUAUCAAGAUGUGCUUAUAUACAAAGAGAGAAAUUCUAGAGGUGAUGUUAGAUACAUAUGGAUGCACACUAAUUAGUCAAAAACAACUUCAGUUUGUUUCAUGAUAGUUUCAACGCACUGUGCGAGAAUAUAUGUUUUUAGAUACGGUAGAUUCCUACAGAAAGGAAAUGGCGGAAAUGCGUUUUUGUUUUUUUCUCCAUGCACUUGGAUUAACAUAUUAUCGUCUAAGGAUGUGAAAUUUUUUAUUGUCCAUUUAAUAUUUUGUAUACGUUGGUAUCUUUGAUCUGUCUAGCAACAAUAAUCUAUUUUGUUUUCUUUGUAACACUACAAGAAAACACGGAUUUUGCUACUGAUUUUCCUGACUGAGGCUGCAGUCACUAAAUUUACGGACUGUUUAACGACUGAUUAGCGACUGAUUUACGACCCAUAAAUUUCAGGCGAAACAGUCGCUAAAUAACGACUAAAGAAAACAGUCACCUUUUAGUCGUAAAUUAGCGACUAAAGUGUGACUAAUAUGUAGUCGGUAAACAACAGUCUUUAAUCAGUCGUUAAUUUAGCGACUGAUUACCGACUGAAUAUAUCAGUCGCAAAUCAGAAGGAAAACAGUCGGUAAAUAUUAUCGUAAACCUAAAUCUGAUACCCAAAACCCUGAACAUUUUUAAACUCUAAACUUUAAAUAUAAAUCUUGAAACUCUAAAUUUUUCACACAAUAAAUAUUAAUCCUAAAAUUUAAACUAUAAUAAAUUAUAUUCCCUGUAAGUUUCUAAACCCCAUACACCAAAUCAUUCUCCUUACAUUCCUCCUUGCAAAAGUUAAAUAAAAAUGUUAAACUAAUUUGCCAACUUAUCCAAAUAGCCAUGAUUCUGUCACAUUUGUUUCACGACUAGUUAAAUCCCUAAACCCUAAACAUGAUUCUUAAACCCAAAACACCAUGUAUAAAGUUUAUGUUACUAUAAUAUAGUUAGAGACUCUAUUGAAAGUUACAUGUUUAAAAAUUCAUAUCAUAACUUCAAAUUUGGAACUUAACCAUAAAUUAUACACAAAUUUUCCCAAUCCUUAUCCUAACCUCAAGUUCUAAAUUUUAAACUUUGUAUCUAACUCAUUAGUAAUCUAAAUUUUAAACUUUAUAUUAGCUACAAGUUCUAAAUUAAAAUUUUAUAUCAAACACAUAAGUAAUCUUAAAACUACACAAAUAAGAAAUGGACGACAACAAAAUACAAGAGACGUUACAAAUACUUUAACAAAGAAGUUAGAAAGAGUUCACUAAAAAGUAAAAACACGCAGAUCACUACCCACACCGUUGAUUUAGUUCACGCGGAUCACUACCCACACCGUUGAUUUAGUUCAAUCAAACGGUGAAAACGUCUUCGUACUUUAUUCUUCUUCCCCGUCAUUGUUUCUUUUCUUUCUUUCUUUCACAUUCUUCUGCAAACAGAAAAAUGUUUCUCUUUCUUCUCCUAUGUUUCUUUACUUAAAAAAGGAAUCUCUUCAUCUCCGAUCUAUAUCUCUGCGUCUCUCCUCCUCUCCAACUGUCUUUCUCCCCGGCUCCUCCUCUCCUCGACGCAUCGACGGUCUUCUCUUCCUCUCCACGAUGCAUCAACGGUUAUCUCCUCUAUGCGAAUCAAGAUCUUACUUUGCCACUGCCAUAUUUAUCUGAAAAAUGGGAAAGAGCAGGAAAGAAGUGAAGAUGUAAGAUGGGUGCCCUGAAGUAGUCGCUGACGUAGUUGCUGAAGCAGACGUCGGGUUAAGUGGUGAAGACCAUGUGGAGUCAAGAUGCUGAGCUGGAGUCGUGUAGACUUGGAGAGCAAGGGAGUAUCUUGGAGAUAUGGAAAGAGGAAUAAACUUGAGGAGCAAGUUUAUGACUUAAAGAAAGAGGAAUAAAUGCAUUCCAAGAAAAGGAAAGUUGCACUUAUUGUUAUGGAAGAUGUCCAUACAUGUUGCCUUGGAGACUAGGGUUUCGGGAACAUGGAGAAUAACUAUAAGAUAGCUAUGGGGUCGUCUGUAUAGAGACAGAGACACGGAGGCUGAUCUUAUAGAGAGAGAGAGAGAAGUUCUUGGAGGUGUUCUUGGGUCGUGCUGAAGCAGUGGCUGAAGUACUUGACGGAGAAGAGACAUAAGCGGGUAGCUUAGGAAUCUGUCAGUAGCGUGUGUUAGGGUGUUAACACUAGACGUGUAAAAGCUGAAUAGUGAAUAAGCAAGUCUUGUAAAGAUUGUUUAAAGGAGAUUCUAAUAAAAGCUUUGGUGUUUGCUUGUGUAUUUGUCUCUUGAUUUAUCUUCUGCACUACCUUAUUGUGUUUGCAUCUUGCACUUACAAGUGGUAUCAGAGCGGGGCACCUAAGUUACCGGUGUUAUCCUGAAGGUGAAGAUGGACACGAUUAUUUCUGUGCAGAAGGCGAUCGUGUUGAAUGCGGACCAGUAUGGUCAUUGGAAGGCUCGCAUGAAGCAGAUGAUUCGAGGAAUCAAUCAAGAUGCGUGGACAGCUGUGGAGAUUGGUUGGGGGGAGCCUACCAUAGUCACAGGAGGUGAGAAGAAGCCUAAACCAAAAGAGGAUUGGUCAGAGGCAGAACGCAAUGCAUCAAAAUUUAAUGCAAAGGCGUUGUCGGUGAUUUUUGGAGCUGUUGAAGCAGAGCAGUUUCAGCUGAUUCAGGGGAGUACUUCGGAUAAAGAGGCGUGGGAAAUCCUGCUGAAUUCGUUUGAAGGAGAUGAGAGUGUCAAGAGGACACGUCUAGAUCAUCUUGGGUCACAGUUUGAGAAUCUCAGGUGGUCUGAUAAUGAUUCUGUGGCGAGCUUCAGUGCCAAACUCAGUGCUAUGGCACAUGAAGCAUUUGUACUUGGGAAGAAGUACAAGGAGAAGAAGCUGGUAAAGAAGUUACUACGCUGUCUUCCAACAAAGUUUGGAGCUCACAAGGCGGUUUUGCAGAUGACUACAAACACGGAUGAGCUCAAGUUUGACAAGCUUGUGGGUAUGCUGAAGGCACAAGAGAUGGAGACAGACAGUAGUUCAGUCUCUACAUCAAGCAGUGCGCCAAGGAGUGUGGCGCUUGUAGCUGACAAAGAUACUGAUAGGUUUCAGAAGAUUGAAGAUGACAUUGGUAUGCUGGUCAGGAAUUUUGGUAAGAUGAAUUCUUCUAGUGGGAGGAAUCAGUAUGAUCGCCAGGGAGGUGAUCGUGGCAAUGGCAGAAGGAGAGAAAGUCUCAGGUGCUAUGAGUGUGGAGGCGUUGGUCAUAUAAGGGCUGACUGUCCUGUAGCACAACAGAGAGAACUUAAGUGUUCUGAGUGCAGAGGUGUUGGACACACACGGCGUGAAUGUCCGAACUCAAAGAAGGAGAAAGGAGUUCCAUUGCAGUCGUCUGAUGAUUCAGAGUCUGAAGAAGAUGGAAAGGUGAUAAAGAACCUUGUUGCAUUUGGUGCACGCAAGGAGGGAUCUAUUAAGUCCUCUGAUUCAGAUCUCAUCACAGAUGAUGAGGAGUAUCAUGUGCUGCUUAACAAGUAGUUGAGGGUCAAGGAUCAGAAUCUGAGAUUGGAGGAUAUGGCUCAGAAGCAGAACGAGUUGCUUGAAGAACUUCGUGAAGAACUUGCGGCUGUGAAUGAGAAGAAUGAGUCUCUUGAGCAGGAAAAUAGCAAGCUGGGGAAAGUUGCUAUUGGUGAACAAGAGAGAGCAAGGAUGCUGGAACGUGAUUUGGCUGAGAAUCGCAAACAGAUCAGGAUGCUUAACAGUUGAUCCAAAGAGUUAGAUAAGAUACUCUCGAUGGGUCAACCAGCCAAGGCGAAUUGGGGACUGGGAUAUCGAGGAGCUGAGAGUACUAAGGAAGUAAAAUAGAAGGGGCUAUCACAUUUCGUGCAUGGGAGCACAUCAAAAAGUGGAGCCAAAGGAGCUUGUCAGGAAGUACGUCGGGACGUACGACAUGGAGUAAGGCAGGAAGUUCUACAGCGCGCAGCUGUGAGUAACAAGCCAAAAGUAGUACAUCAGUGCAACAACACGAAGGUUAGACAGGAGGUUCUGAAGCAUGGUUGUGUAGCUGGUACAAGGAAAGAGACUGAUCGGUGCAUCAGCAACUGUGUCAGGCCAAGCAAGAAGCAACAUCGGAUGUGUUGUUGGUUCUGUGGGAAGGUUGGACACAAGAAGGUGGAGUGUUUUGCUCGUGAAAAGAGCAGAAACAUGGCCAAGAAGGUGAACAAGACGUUCACUAAGCCCAGGAGGGUUGAAGAGGUGUCCUUAGCCAAGAGUGGCUUACUUGAUGAGAUCAAGGAUGAGACAUCAGAAGAUGGAUGCAGCUCUGUUAGGAGUGAUCUUCAGGAAGAUCAAGAAGCAUCAAGCGUGGAGUCAGGACACGGAGUUGUCUAUGACACAAAGGGGAAGGAGAUCGAAGUGCGUCAGAAAGUGGUGCGAGAUGAUCUUCAGGGGUGUGAAAUCACUCCAAGACAAUAGCAACGAGUGCAGAGGGCACUCGGUGCGGAUGGGGAAGGGCUCAUGGUCAAGGAGACGACACAUGAAGGUAGCCAGGUCCUCAACAGAAGUGGGUAGAGAGGUAGCUCGACAGGUGCGUCAGAUCGUGAUGCAGUACUUGUUAUUCCGCUGCAGCAGGGGCUGUGUCAUGAUUAUACAUGAAGAAACAGACGGUAGGUCUGUAAAGCUUGACAUCUAAGCAUCUGUUUUAGCUUAGUAUGCAAUCAAGCAGGGGGAGAAUGGUGAUAUUCUGGUAUAGAGGAUGCAUAUCUCAUGGGGGAGAAAAGCAUGGUGUGGUGCACAUCUUGUGUGGGAGAAAAGCACAUUUGGUAUGAAAGUUUCCAGGUGAGGAACGUGGUUGAUGAACCAGAAGAGUGUUGUGCUUGAUCGGCAAACAAAGCUAAAAGGGGGAGAUUGAAGAUGUAAGAUGUCUGCCCUGAAGUAGUCGCUGACGUAGUUGCUGAAGCAGACGUCGGGUUAAGUGGUGAAGACCAUGUGGAGUCAAGAUGCUGAGCUGGAGUCGUGUAGACUUGGAGAGCAAGGGAGUAUCUUGGAGAUAUGGAAAGAGGAAUAAACUUGAGGAGCAAGUUUAUGACUUAAAGAAAGAGGAAUAAGUGCAUUCCAAGAAAAUUAAAGUUGCACUUAUUGUUAUGGAAGAUGUCCAUACAUGUUGCCUUGGAGACUAGGGUUUCGGGAACAUGGAGAAUAACUAUAAGAUAGCUAUGGGGUCGUCUGUAUAGAGACAGAGACACGGAGGCUGAUCUUAUAGAGAGAGAGAGAGAAGUUCUUGGAGGUGUUCUUGGGUCGUGCUGAAGCAGUGGCUGAAGUACUUGACGGAGAAGAGACAUAAGCGGGUAGCUUAGGAAUCUUUCAGUAGCGUGUGUUAGGGUGUUAACACUAGACGUGUAAAAGCUGAAUAAGCAAGUCUUGUAAAGAUUGUUUAAAGGAGAUUCUAAUAAAAGCUUUGGUGUUUGCUUGUGUAUUUGUCUCUUGAUUUAUCUUCUGCACUACCUUAUUGUGUUUGCAUCUUGCACUUACAAGAAGACUGACAGAGACGGAGCCGUCGAGAAAGCCAGUAUCACCACCGCCGCCGUCACGCUCGUCACCACCACCGCCGUCAUGCUGGAGCAACCUGACAGAGGAGGUUGCAGAGUUGGUGUGGUGAAGACGGAUGAUAGGAGCAAGAAGACAAUGUCGUUUAGAUUUAGAUUUAAUUUUCUUUUGUUUCGUUUUAGUGUUUUUAUUUUGGUUGUAAACCGAUUCUAGUAUAUAAAUUAAUUUUAAUUUAAAAUCAAUUAUCGGUUUAA